AUGGCAAAUACUUCUCUGCAAUCCUUUCUUCUCCCCCAGCACCAUUCUUUCGCCAGCACCGGCGGCAGCCAUGACGGCUCCCCUUCUACCCUGCUCAAGCUCUCCACCAACACCAGCGGCAGCAUUUCCUUCAGGCUCCACCCCAACACCUCCCGCUCGGUGACCACAACCUCGACCACCAACUCGUCAGCUCCAACUCCAGUGGCCCCGGCAACAUCAGCAGCAGAAGAAGACUCGUCACCGGCCCCCUCCCUCGACCUCCUCGGCCGCCAGCUCGCGGCGGGGGACUACCGCCAGGCUGACGAGACCACCCGGGCGCUCAUCAUCGACCUCGCUGGCGAGUCCGCGAGGCGCCGAGGGUACGUCUUCUUCUCCGAGGUCCAGUUCAUCUCCGCCGAGGACCUUCACGCCAUUGACGAGCUCUGGAAAGAGCACAGCAAUGGCAAGUUCGGGUACAGCGUGCAGCGGCGGCUCUGGGAGAAAUCGCAGCGCGACUUCACCCGCUUCUUCAUCAGGGUCGGCUGGAUGAAGAAGCUGGACACAGAGGUAGAGCAGUACAACUACAGGGCCUUCCCUGACGAGUUCAUGUGGGAGAUGAAGGAUGACACACCUGAGGGUCACCUGCCGCUCACCAAUGCCCUCAGGGGCACACAGCUCCUGGGGAACAUCCUCACCCACCCGGCCUUCCAGGAGGAGAACCAGGAAGACGAAGCUGCAGCUGCAGCAGAGAGUGCCACCACUGGUCAAACCAAAGAUGAUAACAAAGGGAGGGAGAGACCAAAGUUCAUGAGAGAUUUCAAGCCUGAUUAUUCCUUUUGA